AUGACUCUUACACAACGCCAGCCCUCGCCCCGUCCAGCCUCAUUGUCCAUAGAGGAAUAUGACCUUUCCGAUCACAUUUCCGAGGCCGACACUCCUUCCGUCAAGACACAUCCCACCGUACCAUCUCGGACCCCUGUGCCCUACCUCAAGCUCUUCCCUCUCCUGGUUCAGCGAUGGUCCGAGGGUAUGACCUACGCCGUCAUAUUCCCAUAUAUCAACGAGAUGGUUCACUCCAUGGGAGUGGAAGAGAAGCAAGUCGGUGUAUGGUCUGCAAUCGCCGAAUCAGCCAUGAUGGCUACAGAAUCGGUAUCAGCUCCCUUCUACGGUCCUCUAGCAGACCGGUACGGCAGAAGACCAGUGUUGAUCGGGCUGGAGAUUUUGUGGGGUGUAUUCGGAUUACUCUUUGGGUUUUCCAGGACGGUGUGGACAGUGAUCAUCUUUAGGAUGUGCUUGGGCAUGCUGGCGGGCUGUGGUGUCAUCUCCCGUACCAUGGUGGGGGAACUGUGUGACAAGACCAACCGUAUUCAAGGUUUUGCCGUCUUCUCCCCGGCCUUCACUAUUGGUAUGACCACUGCGCAAGUCUCCCGCCUCCCCCGCGGAUUUCUGGCCAAACCCGUACCGAGGCUCUUACCAGAAUCAUGGACUCUGCUCGUCAACUUGCCUUACCUCUUACCAGCCAUAGCAUCGGCUCUGUCCGCUGUGAUUGCUGCUUGGCUAUCAAUACUUCUCCUUCCCGAGACACUGGACCGCGUAAAAUAUAAUGAAUCUCAGCAAACAAAACGAGAGACUGGCGGGGGUAGCAAUAUGAUGGGUCUGAUAAAGCACAAGCUGUUUCAGAAGGUCUUGACUCUAUACAGCUUGCAAAACGCCAUCAUGUUUUCGUUCGAAGCCGUCUUUCCUCUCUUUGGAUUCACCAGUAAAGAGCUCGGUGGCCUUGGUUUAUCGACUCAAGAGCUCGGUAUCAUCCUUGGCUGUUCGGCUGGCCUAUCAAUCUUCAUGAUCAUCUUUGUCUUCCCUCCCCUCCACGCGAUAUUACCUGGAAACAGAUGUCUUCUUGUCUGUCUUGCAUGCUACCCCCUCUCAACUUUAUUCUUCCCCCUCAUGUGGUAUCUCAGCUACACCUACCAAGGCCCAGGAAUGCCGACAACGCUAUGGAUCGUCAUGAGUGUGCAUAUGAUCCUGCGAAGGGCAGGAGAUUUCACCAGCACGUUGUUGGAUACGAUCACGCUGGAUGCUAUACCCGGUCCGGAAUAUCUUGCCUCAGCCAAUUCUCUCGGAUUUAGCAUGUCUGCAGUAGGCCGCGCCACUGGACCAUUCAUCGUAUCCUACUUUUUCGCCCUUUCCACCCGCUUCCCUCCCCCACAAUAUCCAAUAGGCGGACAGAUCGUGUGGAUCGUGCUCGUAUUGCUGUGCGUACCGGCGCUGGGACUGGCUUGGGUUGUCGGGAAUGCGGAUACAAGUGCAGAAGGGCACGAUGGUGAAGGAUCGAGGAGGGAGGAGGAGGAGAUGGGGUUGAUGGGUGGGGAGAUGGAACGGACGGGAGUUUAA